AUGAACGAUACGAAUACUCCAGUCACAUAUAACGUUACAACUUCCGAUAUGCCUUCUGAUCACUAUUAUCAGCAACCUAUACCCAAUAUCUCUCCUGAUCAGAAUCAUCAUAACCACCAGCAAUAUAAUAAUAAUCAAGAAUCCACUUCCAAUAAUUAUCAGAAAUCCACGUCCGAUAACGUUUCUUCUCCAAAAUUUCAGCCGAAUACUGUCUUUCAAGGCAAUUCUAUAUGUUAUCAGAACAUUGUUUUUUCCAAUAAUGCAAUAAAUAAUUCGGUACUUAUGCAAUUUUGUUCUUGUUCCUCUUUGACAAAUAAUUCACAAAACUCACAAGCUCGAUCUCAACAAUAA